AUGACAUUGUGCACACGCCGAGGCGUUUAGGUUCAGCACCACACCACUCCGCACCACACCACACCUCUCUAGAUUUUGUGUAGCAGAAGAAAAGGAAAAGGGAGAUAAUGGACAUAGCUUUAUUCUCACCAUCUUCUCUCUUUCCUGAAGACGAUGACUCUUCUUCUCCUGAUGAAACGACAGAGACCCAGCAAAGCUACGUCGAGAGGAGUCAUGAAUUCCCUGGAAUGGAAUUGCUCAUCCGGGAAUUUUCAUUUCAUCAGCUGAAUGCCAAUUUACUCUGGCCAGGGACAUUUGCUUUUGCAGAAUGGUUAGUUCAGCACCGUUCAUCAAUAGAAGGGCGGCGAUGCAUUGAAUUGGGCAGUGGCACUGGUGCUUUGGCCAUAUAUCUCCGAAAGUUGUUUUGUGUGGACAUCACAACAUCAGAUUAUGAUGAUCAGGAAAUUGAGGAGAACAUAGCUCAUAACUGCAGGGCUAAUGGGAUUACUCCUGUCCUUCCUCACCUAAAGCAUACAUGGGGAGACACCUUUCCAGCCGCUGACCCAGACUGGGACUUGAUUAUUGCUAGUGAUAUCUUGUUGUAUGUGAAACAGUAUGCAAACCUGAUCAAGACUCUUUCCUUUCUUCUCAAAAGUUACAAGCCCAAGGAUAACAAAGCAGUUCCACCACUGGAUAUUGAACCGAAUGCAGCAGAGGUCAGGUUGCCCCGGCCAGCAUUUUUAAUGAGCUGGAGACGCAGAAUUGGGAAGGAAGACGAGUCCCUAUUCUUCACUGGUUGUGCUGAUGCUGGUCUUGAAGCCGAGCAUAUUGGAUCCCGUGUGUAUUGCAUCAAGCCUAGGCAUUCAGCUGUUUUGGAGACAAUAUAAAGUUAGUGGUAGAAGCUGAUUCUCAGAUGAGAAAUUGCAAUUGAACCAAGUUGAUAGAGGUCUAGAUCAGAGCCAUAGUCCAUUAACCAGAGAAUCCUUCGUCAGACUAGGCUACGGCAGAAAUUUGAACUCAUGUUUCUCUUGAGAAUUUUCACUAGAAAUAUUUUUUUCCCUCAAUUAUGCAAGUAGAAGAUCCCACGGGAGAGUUUUUGCAUUCCCUGAGCGCAACAGGUAAUAUGUAGUGUUGUUAUUAUCUUAGUUUCCUGGAUGAUUGAUAUUUUUGUUAGAAUUUUUCGGCUUCAUUUUGUAUGAACGACCUUGCCACUGUUUCGGCAAAGAUUAACCAUCAUUAAGGCCACAUAAAUCUUGUAACGUUUUCUUAUGUGUGUGAGAGAGAAUUGUUGAUGGGGACAAGAAACUGUCUGAUGGCUAGUAAGUUUUGUUUUUGUC